CGAAUGUAAUGGAAAUCGACAAACAAACUUCUGAAAAAGAGACACAGCCUCAGCACUGGACGAGCUGCAAGUUGAUUAUUGAUCCCGCAUUGACAAAAGGACUGUACAAAGUGUACCGUUAUGAUGGACAAUAUUAUAACAUACCCGUGGAGGACUUAGGGCUGUUUCCUGUGGUUACACUCAGAGAUCCUCGUAUCUGCCGCCUGUGGAGCAAAUUCAUCAAGACUGACCUUUUACUUCCUAAAUUUAAGGUUGAUGGGUGGUAUAUCGACCCUGUUCCUCCCAAAGAAGUGACAUUCUCCAGGUUGAACGACAAUGUAAGGGAGGCGUUCUUGACUAAUUUGUGCAAAAAACAUGGGAACGUUGAAGAAGUGCAAAUAUUUUUCAGUCCAAAGAACAACAAGCACUUAGGGCUCGCAAAGGUCGUCUUCGACACAGUGAAGGCUGCUAAAGAAGCUGUUCAGCACCUGCAUCAGACAUCAGUGAUGGGAAAUAUUAUUCAUGUGGAAAUCGAUCCCAAAGGAGAAAACAGGGCUCGAUACCUCCAGCUCCUCUUACAUGGCCUCUACACUCCGUGGACGUUGCCAGUGGGCAGCAGUGAGGGAGCUCUUCAAAGCUUAAUCGACAGCUUACUGGGGGGCACAGCUGCCCAGAGACAGGCGAGUAUCUCCAGCCCCACCAGCAUCGCUACCCCCUUGUCUUUGGACACCGCUUACUCGGGUAUUUGGCACGAUACACCCUGCAGCUUUGGGCUCACGCCGCGUUCUCAGGGAACCCCCCGCACUCCUUGCUUGUCUGCUACUCCUCUCUCCCAGGACUCCUGCUACUCCAGUCUUCAGGCGACUCCAGUCCUCCUGGGGGAGCCCUCUACAUAUAGUGUUCACAAACCGUCAAUAAGACGAGAGCUCUGCCAUGGUAAACCUGCGAGGUAUCACAGGGGAUCCGGCGAAGUCUCAGAUGCCAACUUCAUUUUAAAGCAUUGGCAACCACAGCCAACACACACACCAAACACGACUCAGAUACCAACCAGCAGGCAGCAGCUCACACUGUGGGGUCAAAAUGAGAAAUCAUCUUCUCUGGAUGAUACAGAGCCUUCCUUUGACAUUGUCUCCCCUUUUGAGGAGUCCAGAGGAGUACUCAGCACUACAUCCAAGUCUUUAAACCACAAGUCUUUCAGCAUCAUGAGCAUUCAAUUAACGGCUAACCAGCAGACAGCAAAUAAUGAAAGUAGUUACAUAACAAACUUGUCUCCACCUGAUGCUGACUUUUCCUCUGUCAGCCCUCAUCCAGAGGUUGAGAGUUUGGACUCUCGCAUUGAAAGUUUACUAAUAAACAGCCAGAAUACUAAUCCUUCAUACUUUGUUAGAAGGACAGAUUUGGACUCUGAGGACAGCCCAGCAUCGCCCUGCUCACCAGGGUCUCCUUGUGGAUCCUACAAAGCAGACCAUCAGCACUUCUGCAACAACACAGGGGAUGUCAGUUCAGCUUGGCUAGAAAAUGAAGACGAUGAAACUGCUGAUGCUGUUUCAUUUCUCACAAGGAACUCCCAGUCUCCAAAUCCUUCUGAUUUCAAACAUUUGGAAAGGAGGGCUCACAUAAACAAUGAACAUCGGGCAAAAAAUGAAGACGAAGGACCACCUGGAGCUUUGACACCCACACCAGAGAUCCUCUCUCGUCCUCUGCCUCCACCUUUCUCUUCUCUUAAGAGCACCACUCCUCUUCAUGCUCCUCCUGUCAUUAGACCCGGAUCUUGCCAUCCACCAGUCCCCCCUUUUCCCUUCCCUAUCCCUCCCUUUCCUCCACCUGUCCCACCUCGCCUGCCAAAUGGUACCAUCCCCAUCCCACCUCCAGGCUGGAUCCCACCUCCAGGUCAUCACCCCCCCAUCCCCAUUCCUCCCCCUCCUUCAAUCCCCCCUCCACUACCUUUUCUAAGACCCCCUCCACCUUUAAUGCUGCUUCCUUCUGUUCCCCCUCCUGCGCCCACCUUCCCCUUACCCAUUCAGCCUAUAGGAGGUUUGGAUAAGGGGACUGCUCUCAGGCCUGGCAGCACACCUUUACCUUUACCUCGACCUCCCUGGCCAGCUCCACCUUUUCCCAGGUUUAACCCCUUUGUGCCACCUCCAGGCUUCCCACUCCUGCGGGAAAAUCCUCACAAGGUCACAAUAGAAAAAGUUCUAGAAGUAUUUAUGGAUGAACUGAAGUCCAUCAUUAAGAAGGACAUAACACGACGAAUGAUUGAAGGUGUCGCUUUCAAGGCGUUUGAGGACUGGUGGGAUUGUCUAGAGGAGAAAACAAAGUCCAACAGAGAGGAUCAUGACGCAAGUGAUGAUAGAAAUCAACCCGAGGAAGAUGAGGAGUUUGCACAACAACACACGGAGGAUGAAGAUGCUGUCAUCUGCCAAACUAGUGAAGGAGAACAGAGUUUAGGCAGUGAGACUUGUUCAGAGAGCAGCUUGUCGGAGGAAAGCGAGUGCUCAUCAAACUUGGACUCCUCUGACUCGUUCACCUCAGAGAGCUUCGAGGACUCGUCAGACUCAGACCUCAGUCCCGAAGAAGACACAGAGGGCAGUGGGGACGACAGGAGCGGUGACUGUAUCAUUAUAUCGUCAGAUGAAGAGUCAAUGGAGCUUGAACCACCCGUCACACCCUCUGCCCCGUUAACACCUGGUGCUCAGCUGGAGCUGGAGCUGGAGCUGCAGGACUGGUCUACUCCAUCUCAUAGGGAAGAAACUGAGGAGAACGAGUUCACAUCCUUUCAGCAAGAAAUAUGUGAUUUAGAUACCAUGAUGGAGCUCCAAACCAGCAAACCCCAGGAGAUUCUUCAUCCCCUGUCGCCUAUUGGACUCCCAGCAGCAGAGCCACACCUCGAUGUGGAAAUGGAGAGCCCUGAAUGGAGGAUAGAGCCACUUGAGAACAUAGAAAACCUGAGGCCUCUAACCCCUUCAGGCUACGUAUUGGACAGUGACCCUGACCUUCUGUUAGGAAGUAAGCCAACAUCUCCAGCUGUGGAGGAGGUGGAACGACCACAAACACCGGGCAGGGGGAUAGUGGAAGUACUGGAAAGGGAGGACUCUGCAGAAGAAGUCCUCUCUCUCUCUCCAACAAGCUCUGAGCUUGUUCUUGCUCCCUCUGAUCCCCUGCCAUCAUACCCAUCAUAUCAGGAAAGGCCUAAAACUCCUGGUAGAGAGGACAGAAGAUGGACUCUCUGCAGCUCAGUUAGAGCUCCAGCAACACCAGGCAGAGAGACCAUCUUGUCAGGAAGUAGCACAGUGAUGUGCCAAAAUCUUUGCAGCGCCCCUCCUGUGCCAUCCAACCCAUACAUCACAGCCCCAAAGACUCCAGGACGGGACAUAAUCCUACCUCCAAGAGCCAUAGUCCACAGAAGGAAAACUCAAACAACCACCUCACAGCCUCUGUUCUGCGAGUCCCUCAUGGGUUCCUCUCCCUUGAGCCCAUCUGAGUCCUCAUCUGACUCUGCUGAUGGGAGGCCCAUGUGGGUCAGGUCAAGUGUGAGGAUGAAGCCUCUGCAGGGACUGGAAAACAUGCCCGGACUUCUAGAUGAGGAGAAUAGGAGAGAGACAGAGAAAUCCUCACUGAGGAGAAAACAUCUGAGGAGGCUAAAGAGGAGAAUCUUUAAAAGACAGAAAUACCUGAAAAGAAUCACAGGUCCGCCUCGUUCCUCUUGUUGCCGUCCUAACAGGUGGAGUUCACUCCGUGAGGAGAGGAGGAUAAUUCAUCGGGUUUGGAAGGAGGGCCUGGAUGAGGAAGAUUCGAGGCUGCUGCAGUGCACAUACGAAAGGUUACAGGAGGAGGAUAAUGGCUUUGGGUGGCUGAAUGACACCCUGUGGAUACCUCACCCUCUGACCAAAGUUGUUCCUGAGACAAGUGAUGAACACAAUCCCUGGCUUCCCCACCACAGGACUGGCUCUGCUCGCAGCGAAGGAUUCUACAGAAUCAGCAAGACAGAUAAAUUAAAGUAUCUCAUCAACACAAAGCUGACCACUGAGCUUCCAUGUAGGAGUACUCAGGGGAAGUGCAUCCCAGCCCAGCAGCCGACCUCCCUGCGAGCUGGAUCAGACUUCAGGUCUGAACAGCGACGUCUGCUGUCCUCGUUCAGCUGUGACAGUGACCUGGUCAAGUUCAACCAGCUAAAGUUCCGGAAGAAGAGAAUUCGUUUCACCUGGAGUCAUAUCCACGAGUGGGGCUUGUUCGCGAUGGAGCCCAUAGCAGCGGAUGAGAUGGUGAUUGAGUAUGUGGGCCAAAUCGUCAGACAGGUCAUUGCUGACAUGAGGGAGCAGAGGUACGAGGAGGAGGGCAUUGGGAGCAGCUAUUUGUUCCGGGUUGAUCAGGACACCAUCAUUGAUGCUACUAAAUGUGGGAAUUUGGCCAGAUUUAUCAACCACAGCUGCAAUCCCAACUGUUAUGCAAAGAUCAUCACUGUGAACUCUCAGAAAAAGAUAGUGAUUUACUCCAGGCAGCAGAUAAGCGUGGACGAAGAGAUCACGUACGACUACAAGUUUCCCAUUGAGGACACAAAGAUUCCUUGUUUAUGUGGAGCAGAUAGCUGCCGUGGCUCCCUGAACUGAAGAAGUGUCCUGAUUAUGUCAAGAGCCAAAGUAGCCCGGAGGUAGUGCACAAUGUAAACACAGACACUGAAGAUGUUUGAAAGCAUCCAUUUUUAAUAUGUGAAAAAUAAGCAGUCAUUAAGUGUCUGGAGGCCAAACUGGAGCUGAUGGAAGCAGAGGAGUGGUGCUGCUGCUCAGUGAUGAAGGGUUUCCUUAUGGGACAAACACCUGGAGCUUUAUCAGUGGAGGUUUGACAUGACUUUUAAUGUGUCACCUACAACUACUGUGAAAAACAACAUCCUCAUUUUCUGGCUAAACAUUACAAAUCACCACAUUUAUUUUCACAUUACAGUCUACGUAAACAUGGCAACACUUUGUCAACAUCCAUAUUGUUGUCUUAAUCCUGUGGGAGGGAAGGACAUCAUGCAGAAGCCCUCGGUUAGGAUUAAUUGUCUGUUUUGUUCAAAUGACAACAAAAAUGUCUUUCAUUUACGAGAGCUUGAAUUGUGUUUUUGCUUGAAUCAAGCUUGUAUCGAUAAUAUGGAUUUUCUCUUCAACAUUUUAUAUAUAGUUUGGCAUUAUGAAUGUUAAACUUGUGACAUUCUCUUUUUUUUUUACAAUUGUAAAAAGAACAUCAAGAAAAUUAUGUUUAAUAAGAAACAGGAGAGACUAUAAUGAAGUCAUGUUCAA